AUGUCGGAAAAUCACAUUCCUGCCUGGAAAAGAAUUGCCUUGAAUAAGCAGACUCUAAAAAGUGAAAACAAAUUCAAAGAGCAAAGCCAAUCCAAUGUAUUAGAUGAUGAUCCAUUAAAUAUCACUACACAUUUAUCCACCGGUAACUUAACAAAGAAAGAAAAAAAGCGAAUCAUCAAUGGUGAGAACAAAUCUUCCAUCAAGAAAGGGAAGCGUGUGUCGAAACCUGGGACGAAGAAGAAGGAGAAGUUGUCAAAAGAAGAAAAGAACUCAAAGAAGAAUAAAAUUCUUAAAGAUCAACUACGUUACCUAAUAGAAUUUUUCAGGACAAAAUCAGAAAGUAAGUUUCCAACCCCCAUCCUAGAAUUGGAAAGUGUGAAAGAAAAUUAUGGCGACUCCCUGACUAAUGAUGAGUCGGCAGAGUCUGGUGUUGUUGAAGUUUGGAAGUUUUCCAAGCAAAAGCAAAACUGGCUUAUUAAACAUUUUUUUAAUCUGGAUGAAAUUCCAUCAGUAUAUAAUGAUCUUUUGCUUUUAUAUUUCAAGGACUUACAAGGUAGAUCAAAAGAUGAACUAAUAUCAAAAUGUCAAGAGAAACUGAAACAAUGGAAUGACUACGUGGAAGAUCAAGAGACAAAAAUAAAAGCGUUGAUUGAAGAGGAAAAACCUAGUGAACCAGUUGACUGUGAAAAGACAGAAGAAGGUAAGAAAGCUGUUGAUGCUGUAAAAGAGGAACAAAAAGAGGAACAAAAAGAGGAACAAAAAGAGAUACAAAUGCCUAAUAAAGAGCUUGUUCAAAGAAGCCUAAAAUUACUAAAAAUUUGGACGAAUGAUGACUCGGAGCAGAUAGAACUAAAGAACUUUUCUGUUAAUGUUUGA